CUCAAAUCUUCUCUUAAUAAUUUCUUGCCCUAUCACUUCUUUGUUUUCAUAUAUGAUUGGUUGCUUUUAUUAUUAUUAUUAUUAUUAUUAUUAUUAUUAUUAUUAUUAUUAUUAUUAUUAUUAUUGUUUUCAGUUUUUGAGUUUAGGGUAAUUUAAUUUAAAUAUGCCUAAUAUUCAAAGGGUUAUAAAUAUUGAAUCUUCUUCUUCUUCCACCCCAUUUCUUGAUCUUUCUCUUCAAAUAAGUCCACCCACUAUCAUUAAUCAUCAUUCUACCUUCUCUACUAAUACUAUUGAAACCUCUUAUGGAUCAAUUAACCAAUUGUUUACUCCUCAUUACACUAAUAAAUCACUCCAUCAAAUUAAUAAUGGGGUUUCCCUUGAUCACCAUCAUGCUUACCCUAUUAAUGCAUUCCCAAUUCAUCCCAACCCUUCAAUUUUCUACUCUAAACAAAGGCCUACUUCUCCUGCUCUCUUUGGGGCCUCUUCAUCUUCUUCAAUCUCAUACUCCGAAACCUCUACUUUCACUUUGCCGCCGUCCUAUCUCCACUACCAUUUGAACUCUGAUCGAUUGUCAGCUAUGGCGAGAGGACGAUCCAUGAGGGCACCGAGAAUGCGGUGGACGAGCAGCCUCCAUGCUCAGUUUGUUCAUGCUGUUGAGCUUCUUGGCGGCCAUGAAAGAGCUACGCCUAAAUCAGUUCUAGAGCUCAUGGAUGUGAAGGAUCUAACAUUGGCUCACGUCAAAAGCCAUUUACAGAUGUUUCGGGCACAUAAGACGACCGAAAAGCCUGCAGCUUCUCCAGUAGAACAUGCGGCGACAACUUUCUUCAAGGUGAGGAAGAACAACAUCUUUUGCUUUCGUCUCUUAAAGUGUGCUCCUUUAAAGCGGAAAGGGCAGUUGAGGUAAAAGGACAUCAAAUCGCCUUGGAAAAGAUAAGCCAUUGCAGCAGAAUGAAAAUGUCUUAAAAUUGUUGUUGCAAAUCGCCUACAAGGAGUGAUGCGUUGAGAAGCUCUGGUGCCUAGACAAAACGCGUAAUAUGUUGGUAUCUCUCCUUGUCAAAAUGUCUUCUCUAGUUAGUUCGCAUAGUGGUUAAAUUACCAAAUCAUCACUUCGCCUACUAAUCUCGCCAACCGAUCAACUCGCCUAGUGGUCAAAACGUAUAGUUAUUAACUCGCCUGUCGCCUGGUUAUAACGCCUAGUGAUGAAAGUUUCUGAUCACACCUGGCCAAAAUGCGUAUUGCAAAACAAAAACAAGUUAGAAAGUGGCAGAGUUGUGGAUCUCGCUCUCUCUAAGACAUUUCGCGGCACUGCUCUUUUGUGUAAACAGAUUUGAUCGCCCCGUCGUCCCUAAGAUAAAACAGCCUCGUUCUUCGAUCAGGAUUGCACUAUAAAACUUAUCAAAAUUCUCAACACUCAAAUAGACACUCUAAUGCUCAGUAUACUAAAGAGAAUUUUGGGAGAGAACAAAAUCGUUGUGCUAUUUUUCUGAGUUAGUAAGAAGAGAAGAAUGAGACUCAAAUAUAUAGUGAGUAGGGAGAGAGAUUCCAACAGCUAUAAUAUUAAUAACAAAAAAAAAACCAAUUAAUAAUUGAUAAUUCCCAUUUAUUUUGAAAGGUUUUGAAGAUUUAAUUUACAAAGACGUUUAUAACAUAAAGAACGGUUUUGAUAAUUAAAGAUAAUUUUUAGCAAAAGGAUAAUAUAUUGUUAUUUUAUUCUUGUCCUCUCCUCAAUGUUUGACAAACGGCGACGCACGUGUAAAUAUAUCCGAAAACCUAUUUUUGCCUAUCUCCUCACCUCUUCCUAAACUUGGGUGUUCUUAGGACCCAAACUCAUGCAUAAAUAUUUGAAUUUAUAAAGGAGACUUCCACGUAGCGACAUGAAAAUGCAUAUUUAGAAUAAUAAUAAAUAUUUGCUUACUCAAAAUUUUCAUUUAACAAUCUUUCACUUAAAUUUUUUUUGUACUAUCAGAUGGACACAUCUUUAGUACUUUUAUCCUAUCUCAAAACCAAAAACCAAAUGUAUUGAAAAUAAAAAUAUAGGCAAUAAGCUAGAGAAGUGCUUAAGUUUUUUUUAUGAACCUUCAUACUAUGAAAAGUAGAAUUUAAUAUAUACAUUAAAGAAUAUAUACAUUAAAGAAGAUUUAGUGCACCAAACACUCACUUAUAUAUAAUGAUAAACAUUAUAUACGGUUGAGAUUUGGUUCUUCCGCUUAUAAUAGUUGUAAAAAUUAGACCUUAGCGAAUAAACAAUGAUUCUUGAACAUAUAUAAUUGUAACAACUUUUACAAUCAAAUUUUUUAAAUUGAAAGCUUUAGAGUAUAAUUUUAACCAUCAAGAUACUGUUUAAUUUCUACUGAUUUAGUUAUAUAUAUUCUUUAUUUUUGUACCCUCCCUCAUGCAUAUUUACCAAGUUCUAUUGUUUGUUUGCUGUUUUCAAUAAAUUUACAAAUAUGAAACAUAUGUUCUCUGUUUUUCCAAACAAGGUUCUAAGUUAUAGGUCAAGUACCUUCUAAGUCUAUAUAAAUUAUGCAUGCACAUCAUAUUGUUCUUUAUAUCUUUUCAUUUGAUCUAAUUUGUCAAUGUGUACAAAUA